ACGACAUCUUCCACUCACACACAGACGGCGUCCGGGAAACACAUAGGUUUGCCCAGCUCUUCACUUUCAAUGCAGCUGUCUAGUGAUGACUGCUAAGCCUACGUCACUGAGUGUGCUGGUGUUGGUAGCCGCUCUGCUGGGCUACGGCGCCACCCAUGGGGUACCAGACAACGCGUGUACAGUGGGCGGCCCGCUGGAGGUGUACAGCACACCGGACCGUCUACCCGCCACCGCCGCCCAAUGUGACGUCAUCUACAAGAAGGAAGACUGGCAGCUCACUCCUACCAUCAUAUACACCGGUGCCAGCCCGCACAACACCUACACAUUGUUUAUGAUAGACCCCGACGCCCCCGACCGUCCCCCAGGCAUCUACUACUUGCACUACAUUGUGGCUAACAUACCGGGGAAGGAUUUCCAGAGUGGAGACUUGAGCAGAGGAACAAUACUUUGCAGUUACCAGGGCCCAGCGCCACCUGCAGGGACAGGCCUCCACCGCUACAUGUUCUAUGUCUACCACCAUGUACCAUCCAGUGGUAGACUGCCCAUGUCCCUGACUGUAGAACAAGCUGAGAGAGAGUUCUUCAACCUAAGUGGCUACAUGAGGAGAGCAGCUAGACAAGGAGUACAACUCAGAGGGCCAUUGUCUGGCGUACAGUUCCGAUCUGCAUUUCGGAUUCCUGCAGAAGAACAAAUUGUUUGAUAUUUAUUACAGUGUCAUUUUGUCUAAAUUCCUAUAACAUACUGUUAAAAAAAAAUUGUGUUGCUAUUAUCCUGUCAGUUAUUUAAUAAUAGUUGUAAUUUAAUGGUGAUGCUCUUGUUACUGAGAUAAUUUAUAGCAUUAAGAAAUCUUAUGGUAAAAUUUGUAUAAUAAUGGCUACUUAAUACAAUAGAGGGUUUCUCUGCAACAUCCCUUUUUCACCCACCCUACCUAACCAAUUUUUACUAAUUAAGUGUCAUUUUAAAGCUUGUGGUCUAGCAGAGGGACGAAUGGUAACUAAAAAGACAAUUUUAUUUUAGAGCUUUGCUAAGCUCUCCUAGUGUUUUAUUUUUUUUUAGUUCACUUUCAAGGAUCCAGUGAUACUGCUACGGUAUCUUUCUUUUAAACAUCUUGAUUUAUACUUAUGUUUCAAGUUAUUUAAAGCUCUUAAAUGUAAAUCUUUUGGCAUAAUUCCCCAAAACAAACUUAAUAUAGUUCAAACACAUUAUUUAGUUAUACUUAAAGAGGUUUAGGUUGUAAUGAAGGAAUUUGUCUACUAUAAAAUAAUUUUAAUUUUAAUAUACUUUAACAUACAUUGGCUCUAAGUAACUGUCUAAAUCCUCUAACAAAACUUAGAAAUAUAAUUUGUGGUAAAAACAUUAUGGACCCAUAAGGUGCCUGUACAAGGAUUGAAAGUGGCUAAAGCCUAAAAAAGAAAGACGAUUUUCACAGGGAAUUGGCUUGGCAAAUAAGUCCCAGACUUAAGCCAGGGGUGGUAGUGGGAACGAGGAGUUUGCUACAAACAUUUACUGACUUGGUUGAAAUGAAAUAUUUACUAUUUGAAUUUGGGUUUGAGUAAAUAAUACAAUGGAAAAAAGCUAGAGAGCCUGGGUAAUUUGAUAAAAUAAAAAGAAAACUGAAUUAACACUGUACUGCAUUUCUUAGUAAUCAUUGAAAGAGCCGAUUUGAAAACUAUGGAAACAUAGGAAAGUCAUAGAACAUCACCAAGGAGAAGAAAUAUAAAUAAUGUUUUUUUUUUAUAAUCGUUAUUAUGGACAACCUAAUGCGGCUAUGAUUAAGGCUAAUACAGUCAGGCUAAUACAUAUUGGUGAGUCGGUGGCUCAAUCGGUAGCGUCACGGACUUCGGGCCCAAGGCAGUAGUGUCGUGGGUUCGGAUCCUGGUCACUGCUACUAACUUUUAUCAGUACAGUUCACCUUUGUACUGUACCGGCUCACCCCUUGCUUUGCUGGAUACGUUCCACGCACAGAUCUGUAGUCUAUGUGGACGGGCAAAUGCCU